GUUUCCAGGGGUACCAUUUGAUCGUGACAACGUCUGAGUCUGCUGUGUGUAACAUGAUAAGAAUUCCCGUCGUCUAUUGUCCAAACAUUAUAUGUAGCUAGCUAACGUUAGCUAAUUGAAACGUCCACGGCAAGUAAUUAAUCAUCACAGGUAACUAGUCAUUUAUUCGUUAUUUUCCAUUCUUUGAUAAUCAAUUUUGAGAUAAUAUGUUCAUUUUGAUAGCGUUUUUUAUUUUAAAUCACCCACCCAGCUAACAACUGAGUCCUGGAACGUUUGUCCACCUUGCUAACGUUAGCUAGCUACUAGCUAAGUUUCAGUGAUGGUACUGGGAAUUUGACUCAAAUAAUUAGCUAACAAUUAUUUUUCGGUGGUAUUAGAUGCCUUUGUGAUCGAGCUGGCCAUUCUGACCCUGUCAGCUAGUGAAAAGUAUUUUUUUUACUGCCCUCGCCAUUGGCACCUGCAAUCAUUAUGGAUGUGGUUGAGUUCCUGGUGUCCCUGCUGGAUGUGCAUAAACAACAGCUGAAAGCGCUGACCAGACAGGGGGACAUCCAGGCCAAGGUCCUCAGCCAGCUUGUCAAGGAUGGUUUGACCAGAACCCUUGACCGGCCUUCACCCCAGGAUGUAGAGGAACAGAGAAGGCAUCGGCUGACACCAGGGAGAGAUAAAGACCCAGAGGACUGGGGUGCUAGGCUUGAUGGUCUGCUGCAAGAGGAGACACAGAAGAAGAAUCAACUAAUCAGACCCCAGGGGUUGUCUAAUGCAUUCCAGACCAGGGUGAUGGGACAGAUGUGGACUGUGGAGGACCAGAGCAGGCAGGACUUCUUAUCUCUGCGGUACGAACCCCAGAAGGGAGCCAGAGAGCUGGGGCAGAGGCUUGACUCAGCUGCUAAGCACUGGCUUAGGCCUGACCUAAGAACUGCUGCACAGGUAGAGCAGUGUGUUGCCAUGGAGCAGUUUCUGUCCCUCUUACCAAAGGAGGCUGGUGCCUGGGUGCAGAAGCAGCAGCCCAGGGAUAUGGAGGAAGCGAUCAACAUGGCUGAGCAGCGACUUGGGUCUGGUGCCUUCACCGUCUCCUCGCCUUCCCCUGACCGUACACAGACAAACACAGCACAGGGCUCAACAGAGACACAAGAACAAGGGAGUGUCAAGAUGCAGAGCACCAGUGAUCACCCAGAUGCUUUGACCAAGUCAUUUCUCAACCAGCUGGAGACUGUUAAGUCUGCCCAUUUCAGUCUAGAGAUUCCAGACAUGGGAGUAGCCAGCUACCAGGAGGAAAAGGAUGAGCAUAAGGUGGUCCCAGAGGAAGGGUCCAUCUUUGUGUGUAAGCAGGAAGUGGAGGACCCUGACUGGCAUCAGGAGAGUGCUCCUCCAGAGCCUAUCCAAAUGUAUGGGAGCACAACAGGACAUGAGAGCAUGUCAGUGGACACACCUUACAUCUCCCCUCCCAGACACAACUCUCUCUCCUCCAGCAUGUACACUCAUCCAACACACAGAGUGUCCAGUCAGAUCCCCUCCCCACAGUCACCUCCAUCCCUUGCUCCUGAUGUCUAUCAUCCACAAGUUCAGGACAGCCCAGUGACAGACAGACUGCAGAGUAACAAUCAUUCUAGUGACGAGACGGAGCUUACUGCCAGGUACACAGGGCUUAUCUCUGAAGAUGGACAGCUGACCUGGGGGACCCUCCCGAGGGUUCCCUCACCCUCCUUCCAUACUCGCCCGCCCUCCCCCUCACCCUCCCACCAGUGCCCAGACUGUGGCUGCUGCUUCACCCAGCAAAGGAGCCUGGAGGAGCACAGGAACAUUCACACGGGGGCGAGGCCCUUCGUCUGUGGGGUGUGUGGCAAGGCAUUCUGCCACCGCCGCACUCUGAACAAACACACACGUAUCCACUCCUGGGAGAGACCCUUUCAAUGUACUGACUGUGGACAGACCUUUAAACUCAAAGACACCAUGAAGAGGCACCAGGUGUCCCACAGCAGGCCAGGGACAGGGCCGGGGGCACGUCAGCUCUCUCACUCACCCUGAUACUCUAUCUAGCAGCUAGCUGCUCAUGCAGCACUUCAUCUGGCUGAGAGGAGGCCUGGUAGUAAUCAGCACACAACAAGGACUUGAAGUAGGACUGGUCAGAUGGCUUUCUCUGUAAAUGUCAUAAAUAGGCAGAUUUGUGUGAGAACGCUAACAGUGUUUUCUGUUGGUGUGUUCCAUAAACAGAGAGAGGACACUGCUUUGGGUUUCACAGGUGAACUGGUUGGUGGAACAUCUCUCCCAUGUUUCCAUGUAAACAAGCUCAAAUUACUUGUGCUUCAUUGCUCCCUUUUUGUUUUUGUAGAAUGCCCUGCCAUGGUCCAUGUUAGAGGUGUUUCAUGCAUUUGGAUAUUGUGAUAGUUACUCUUGAAUAAUUAAUUGUUAUGCAGAAUCAUUUUUUUUGUAUUUAAUUUAAUUCUUCAGAAGAGCAGAGAUCAGAACAUUGUGUAACAAUGUACUGUACUGCUUUAUGUAUUUGUUGUUUUAUGCAUAGGAGAUAUAUAUAUCACACACACAGUUGAAGUCAGAAGUUUACAUACACUUAGGUUGGAGUCGUUAACUCGUUUUUCAACCACGCCAAAACUAUAGUUUGUUAACAAGAAAUUUGUGGAAAGUUGGUUAGGACAUCUACUUUGUGCAUGACACAAGUAAUUUUUCCAACAAUUGUUUACAGACAGAUUAUUUCACUUAUAAUUCAUUGUACCACAAUUCCAGUGGGUCAGAAGUUUACAUACACUAAGUUGACCGUGCCUUUAAACAGCUUGGAAAAUUCCAGAAAUGUAUGUCAUGGCUUUAGAAGCUUCUGAUAGGCUAAUUUACAUCAUUUGAGUCAAUUAGAGGUGUACCUGUGGCUCUAUUUCAAAGCCUACCUUCAAACUUAGUGUCUCUUUGCUUGACAUCAUGGGAAAAUCAAAAGAAAUCCACCAAGACCUCAGAAAAAAACAUGUAGACCUCCACAAGUCUGGUUCAUCCUUCUGCGCAAUUUCCAAACGCCUGAAGGUACCACGUUCAUCUGUACAAACAAUAUUACGCAGGUAUGAACACCAUGGGACCGCGCAGCCGUCAUACCGCUCAGGAAGGAGACAAGUUUUUUUUUGUUUUUCGUACUUUGGUGCGAAAAGUGCAACUCAAUCCCAGAAAAACAGCAAAGGACCUUGUGGAGAAGAAUCAGGUACAAAAGUAUCUAUUUCCAAAGUAAAACGAGACCUAUAUCGACAUAACCUGAAAGGCCGCUCAGCAAGGAAGAAGCCACUGCUCCAAAACCGCCAUAAAAAAGCCAGACUACGGUUUGCAACUGCACAUGGGGACAAAGAUCAUACUUUUUAGAGACAUGUCCUCUGGUCUGAUGAAACAAAAUAGAACUGUUUGGCCAUAAUGACCAUCGUUAUGUUUGGAGGAAAAAGGGGAAGGCUUGCAAGCCGAAGAGCACCAUCCCAACAGUGAAGCACGGGGGUGGCAGCAUCAUGUUGUGGGGGUGCUUUGCUGCAGGAGGGACUGGUGCAUUUCACAAAAUAAACGGCAUCAUGAGGAAGGAAUAUUAUGUGGAUAUAUUGAAGCAACAUCUCAAGACAUCAGUCAGGAAGUUAAAGCUUGGUUGCAAAUUGGUCUUCCAAAUGGACAAUGACCCCAAGCAUACAAAGGUGUGGCAAAAUGGCUUAAGGACAACAAAGUCAAGGUAUUGGAGUGGCCAUCACAAGCCCUGACCUCAAUCCCAUAGAAUAUUUGUGGGCAGAACUGAAAAAGCAUAUGUGAGCAAGGAGGCCUAGAAACCUGACUCAGUUACAACAGCUCUGUCAGGAGGAAUGGGCCAAAAUUCACCCAACUCAUUGUGGGAAGCUUGUGGAAGGCUACCCGAAAUGUUUGACCCAAAUUAAACAAUUUAAAGGCAAUGCUUCCAAAUACUAAUUGAGUGUAUGUAAACUUCUGAGCCACUGGGAAUGUGAUGAAAUAAAUAAAAGCUGAAAUAAAUCUGUCUCUCUACUAUUAUUCUGACAUUUCACAUUCUUAAAAUAAGGUGGUGAUCCUAAUUUACCUGAAACUGAAUUUUUACUAGGAUUAAAUGUAAGCAAUUGUGAAAAACUGAGUUUAAUUGUAUUUAGCUAAGGUGUAUGUAAACCUACGACUUCAACUGUGUGUGUGUAUAUAUAUACUACCGUUCAAUAGUUUGGGGUCACUUAGACAUUUCCUUGUUUUCCAUAAAAAACAUACCUGAAAUGAGUUGCAAAAUGAAUAGGAAAUAUAGUCAAGAUGUUGACAAGGUUAUAAAUAAUUAUUUUUAAUUGAAAUAAUAAUUGUGUCCUUCAAACUUUGCCUUCGUCAAAGAAUCCUUAUUUUGCAGCAAUUACAGGCUUGCAGACCUUUGGCAUUCUAGUUGUCAAUUUGUUAGGUAAUCUGAAGAGAUUUCACACCAUGCUUCCUGAAGCACCUACCACAAAUUGGAUUGGCUUGAUGGGCACUUCUUACGUACCAUACGCUCAAGCUGCUCCCACAACAGCUCAAUAGUGUUGAGAUCCGGUGACUGUGCUGGCCACUAAAUUAUAGACAGAAUACCAGCUGACUGUUUCUUCCCUAAAUAGUUAUUGCGCUGGGCUUUAAUUUGGUGCUGUGCUUUAGGUCAUUGUCCUGUUGUAGGAGGAAAUUGGCUCCAAUUAAGCGCCACCCACAGGGUAUGGUGUUGCGAAAUGGAGUGAUAGCCUUCCUUCUUCAAGAAUCCUUUUACCCUGGACAAAUCUCCCACUUUACUGCCACCAAAGCACCCACAGAUCAUCACAUUGCCUCCACCAUGCUUGACAGAUGGCGUCAAGCACUCCUCCAGGAUAUUUUCAUUUAUUCUGUCUCUCACGUAUGUUCUUAUUUGUGAUCCGAAUACCUCAAACUUGGAUUCAUCUGUCCAGUGUCUGUGUUCUUUUGCCCAUCUUAAUCUUUUCUUUUUAUUUGUCAGUCUGAGGUAUGGCUUUUUCUUUACAACUCUACCUAGAAGGCCAGCAUCCCGGAAUCGCCUCUUCAUUGUUGACGUUGAGACUGGUGUUUUGAGGGGUACUGUUUAAUGAAGCUGCCAGUUGAGGACUUGUGAGGUGUCUGUUUCUCAAACUAGACACUAAUGUACUUGUCCUCUUGCUCAGUUGUGCACCGGGGCCUCCCACUCUUUCUGUUCUGGUUAGAUGCAGUUUGCGCUGUUCUGUGAAGGGAGUUUCCACAGCGUUGUACGAGAUCUUCAGUUUCUUGGCAAUUUCUCACAUGGAAUAGCCUUCAUUUCUCAGUACAAAAAUAUACUGAUGAGUUUCAGAAGAAAGUACUUUGUUCCUGGCCAUUUUUAUCCCGUAAUCGAACCCAAAAUGCUGAUGCUCCAGAUACUCAACUAGUCUAAAGAAGGCCGGUUUUAUUAUUUCUUUAAUCUGCAUAACAGUUUUCAGCUGUGCUAACAUAAUUGCAAAAGGGUUUUCUAAUGAUGAAUUAGCCUUUUAAAAUGAUAAACUUGGAUUAGCUAUAACAACAUGCCAUUGGAACACAGGAGUGAUGGUUGCUGAUAAUGGGCCUCUGUACGCCUAUGUAGAUAUUCCAUUAAAAAUCAGCCAUUUCCAGCUACAAUAGUAAUUUACAACAUUAACAAUGUCUACACUGUAUUUCUGAUCCGUUUGAUGUUAUUUUAAUCAACAAAAAAAAUCAUUUUCUUUUAAAAACAUUUUUAAGGGGCCCUAAACUUUUGAAUGGUAGUGUAUAUAGCAGAUACUAUAGCUGGAGGAUAUGCAUAUUUCUUAACUUGCACGGUUUUGAAAGAGAA